GGUUAGUUCGUGUUCAGCCUUGCACAGAGUGGUCCGUGAGAGUGCGAGCGAUCGAGAGGACGAAGCCGUGUGAGAGAGUGGCCGGCGAAUUCCUCGUACGUUCAUCAUCAACAAGUGUUCGUCGGCGUUGCAAACGGCAGGUUAUGGCACGACGAUGAAGGCCGCCUUCGUGUGUUUGGCCGCCCUGCUGGCCGCCGCGCACGCCGUUCCAUCCGCAGGUGAGAAAACCAACUUUUUGGAUGAACAAUCUGACGGGGAAAAUACCGAUCGAUUUGGCAGCGGCGUUGGCGGUGGAGUUUGGCACGCUUCGAAACUGCGACACUCGAGACACUUGAGCGGCAGGAGCGGAAAUCACGGCCCCAACCCAGCCCAGGAUGACUACUUCAACAGCUUCAACAAGCCACCAGGGACGCCUCUUUGGGGCAAGGCAGAGAUCCACAACAACCGCAAGCCGGUGUUCUCAAACUGCCCUAAGUACACACCGUCCGUGAAGGAGGAAGAAGAGCCUGGCACAAAGGUGCUCACCGUGCAGGCCCAGGACCGCGACCCAGACGACACCAUCACCUACACCUUCAUUGUGUCGCCGGGCGAGCGCCAAAAGUUCAACAUCAACAACAAAACAGGCGAAAUCACCACCAGACAGGUUUUCGACCGAGACGAGCCGACGCGCGAAAAAGAAGCGUUCAUCACCGUUCGCGCCACUGACAAUGGAAAGCCACCUUUGGACGACGUGUGCGUCAUCAAGGUGACCAUCGAAGACACAAACGACAACAAGCCAGUUUUCGACAAAGGAGUGUACCGCGAGUCUGUGCCUCAAGAUAUGCGACCUGGCUCCGAAGUGAUGCGAAUUUCGGCCACGGACAUUGAUGACGGAAAAAACUCUAUCGUCGAGUAUGAGUUGCACCCCAUUAGGGAGGAGGAGCGCGGCUACUUCCGCGUCGACCGCAGCACCGGCGUCAUCACUCUCAACAGAACCAUCGAUAUCAAACCGCCACAUGUUUUCCGCCUGAAUGCAACAGCAACUGAUCAGGGCACACCUUCUCAGAGCUCCUCUACUGAACUGGAAAUUGUAGUUGUGGACUCAAAUAAGAAACCACCUUCAUACACAAAGAUCCCCGAGAGCCCGUUGAUGCUGCAGGAGAACUUCAACGACUAUGGACAAGUUUUGGCCACCUUCCAGGCCCAAUCCAACAUUCCUGAGCGGGAACUUGUAUUCACCAUUGUGCCGGGACGCACCGAGCAGACCAACAAGCAGAACACAUUCCUGCUUGAGUCAGAAGGAGAAUCGGCCUACCUGAAGCUGGGCGGUCAACUUGACUAUGAGAGAAUCACCGAAUAUGUCAUCACGAUUCGAGUGCAGAACAAGUACAAUUUGGCAGCUGAGACGGUGCUCAACAUUGCCAUCGAAGAUGUCAACGACAACAUCCCGAUUUUCAGGGACGUUGCUGCUGGCACGGUGCUUGAGCACGAAUUGCCUGGAGCGCCUGUCAUGCAGGUUAGGGCUUUCGACGCUGAUGGCACCUACAAGUACAAUCAGGUUACUUAUGAAUUGGGUGACCACCAAGAUCUCUUUGAGAUUGACGAGUACACCGGAAACAUCACAACCAAAGUGACCUUUGAUCGAGAAGAGAAAGACUCUUAUGUGAUCAAAGUAAUCGCCAAAGACAACUUUGAGUCAGCACUGCUGCAGAAUGGACAGCCAAACAAAGGUCAGCAGUCCUUCCACAUCAUCAUUGGAGACACAAACGACAACCCUCCAAAAUUCACCAAGAAAACCUACAUAGCCGAAGCUGUUGAAAAUGCUAACUUGAAUGCACUGGUCACUGAAGUCAGGGCAGUUGAUAAUGACACAGCUUCUGAGGUUUUCUACAGUAUUGAAAGUGGCAACCCCAAUGAUCAGUUUAAGAUUGAGAAAAACACAGGCAAGAUCAGAGUGAACAAGGAACUUGACUACGAAACUACCACCUCUUACACUUUGGAAGUUCGAGCUUUUGACGGAAUCUACGAAGAUCGAGCCUUUGUCCAAAUCAACAUUGAGAACGUCAAUGAUGAGCCACCUGUGUUUUUGGAAUUCCACCGCAACGUCACCAUUCCUGAGGAGGAAAUGCGCGAAGGGUGCAUCAUCAAGGUGGAGGCCUACGACCCCGACUUGCCCAGGGACCAACCACAGAGGAUUCGCUACUACAUUGUCAAAGAAGAGCAGAAAAAGCUGCUCAGCAUCGACUACGAUGGCUGCAUUUCUCUCAUCAAACCACUGGACAGAGACCCUCCUAAUGGCUACGAACGCUGGCAAAUCCUGAUCAACGCCAAAGAUGAGGACGGAGAGCAGAACAGUCUUCAAUCUCCUACUGAAGUUGAGAUAAUCCUCACUGACAUCAAUGACAAUGCUCCUUACCUGAAUGUGCCUCAGCCUGUUAUUUGGCCCGAAAACACUGAUCCAGGAGUCAUCACUACACUAACCGCCGAAGACAAUGACGAUCACAAGAAGGGCAAUGGACCGCCCUUCCAUUACGAAUUGGACCCCUAUGCCUCUGAUGAUAUCAGAAAUGGAUUUAAAGUCACUGGCAAUAGUGACACCUCAUUCAAAAUUGAGACCAUCAGACAGUUUGACAGAGAGCAGCAGAAAACCUUUUAUGUGCCUAUUGUGAUCUCCGACUCUGGCACUCCUUCUCAAACAGGCACUAGUACUCUCACGGUUGUGAUUGGAGAUGAAAACGACAAUCCAAUGAGACCUGGGAGUAGUGAAAUCUUUGUUUAUAACUACAAGGGCUUGAGCAACUCUGUGAUUGGAAGAGUCUUUGUUGAGGAUGAGGAUGAUUGGGAUUUGCCUGACAAAACAUUUGGAUGGAAGAGUGGGGAACACAGGGAUAAGUUCCAAUUGGAUGAAGACACGGGAGAGAUCAGUGUCAUGUACAACCCUGCAUUUGAAAACGAUUUGGAAGGAACCUUUGAUUUGGAGUUUGUCGUUUAUGAAGAAUCUUUUAAAAUUCCUCGCCACUCUGUGGAUGCUUUUGUCAAAGUGGUGAUCAAGAAGAUUCCUGAGGUGGCAAUCGACAGGUCAGGUUCCAUUCGCCUUGCUAACACCACUGCUGAGGAAUUCAUCGAGCACUCAAAAAGGGAAGACUUGACCAAGUACAUUGCCUCUCUCUUUAACAUCAGCGUUGAAAACGUGGAUGUCUUUACUGCGUUGAACUCGAAAAAUGGCGAAUUCCUGGAUGUCCGAUUUUCUGCCCAUAGCUCUCCCUAUUAUCAACCUGAAAAGAUCAAUGGAAAAUUGGCCGAGCAUCAAUUGGAGCUUGAGGCUCUGACUGGAGGAAAAGUCCACAUGGUAAACAUCGACGAAUGUCUGAUAGAAAAGUCCAGCUGCGAGUCAAGUUGCAUGAACUUAUUGGUCAAACAUGAGCGGCCCCAGACUGUUUGGACCAAUCGAACUAGUUUUGUCGGUGUCCACGCAGAAGUGCAGGCCGAGUGCGUCUGCUCCAUAGAGGAAGAGAACAUCUGCUACAAUGGAGGCACCAGUGUUGGACCAUACUGCGAGUGUCCUGAAGGAUACAACGGACCAAGGUGUGAGGUCAUUGAUGUUGGCUUCAGCGGAGAUGGAUACGCUUGGUAUCCAACUUUGGCUGCCUGUGAAAGGGGGCAAAUUUCUCUGGAAUUGACUGCCAACAAUGAAAAUGGUCUCCUUUUCUACGUUGGACCGAUUGCUUCCACUGGACUCAAAGUUCAAGAUUUCAUGUCUCUGGAGGUUUCCGGAGGAUAUCCCAAACUGCUUGUGGACUAUGGCACUGGCACUGCUUCCCUUGAACAGAACAAAAUCAAAAUUGCAGAUGGCCAUCCCCACCACAUCGUCAUCAAAUGGGGCCCUGAGAACUUUGAAAUGGUUGUGGACAGCUGCACAAUGGGCACAUGCAUGAGUGUGUCGCCGCCAGCUGGAAUAAACAAAUUCCUCAAUGUGAAUGGCCCAUUGCAAGUCGGAGGCACCUCGAAGAAUCUUGGAAGUCUCGGCGCUCAACUGGGCUGGACUUACACACCCACCAGUAAGGGCUUCCACGGCUGCAUCUCAAAUUUUACUUUCAACGGAAAGGUAUACAAUUUGGGCGAACCAAGUUACUCGAAAAAUGCAUCUCCUGGAUGCAGCCGAAUUCUGACUCAAGCCGUCACCUUUGGUAUUGACACCAACUUCCUGGUUGCACUUCUGGUCUGCAUUGCAGUCCUUCUCAUCUUGGUUUUGGCCGUGGUUGUGCACAAGAGACGCAGUGACGACAUGUACAAGGACCAUGAUGACAUCAGAGAGAACAUCAUUAACUAUGAGGAUGAGGGUGGCGGCGAGGGUGACAUGACAGGGUAUGACCUCAAUGUUCUCAGACUGCACUAUGACGGUGACCUCAAAAAGCCCCACGACCUGCUUGGCUCCUCAAGACCACAUGAUGAAGUUCCGGACAUUUGCGGCUUCCUGGACGGCAAGAAGCGGCAGGUGGACGAAGAGAACAGCGACGAGCCAGUGGACAAUUUGCGGCACUAUGCUUACGAGGGUGACGGCAACUCGACCGGCUCGCUUUCCUCGCUGGCUUCGGGUACAGAUGACGGGGACCUCAACUUUGAGUAUCUGUCCGACUUUGGGCCGCGCUUCCGCAAACUGGCUGACAUGUACGGGGAGCACUCGAGCGACGAGAGCGAAGGCAACUUCGAGGCGCCAGGCUCGGAGAGCUGGUGCUGAACAAGGCUGAUCUCAAAAGACUGCAACCAGUGUGUGUUGUCUGUGAUGGGACGAACGCAGCGGCGGGUGUCCUCACACACAAGGACGGCUGGACGCUAGCUUUCCACGUGCCACUGCAUUUUUUGUUAGUAAACGGACAAUAAUUAUUAUUGAAAACACAUCGACUAGUGCCAGGGCUUUCCAUCAUCUCUUCGUAUUGUGGCCAUCAAUAGAUAAUUGUCAUAGAUGUUGGCGAGUGAAUGUUGCUUCAGAAGAAUUUAAUUUUGAAAAGCCUAAUUUAAUUGAAAUGUUUUGUUGAUGGCCCUCAAGGACAGGAUUUUACAAGGCCACUCCAAGAUUGCCCUGGCCAACUUUUAUUCCUUCCUACGAUGGUCUCACUCAAGGUUGAGAAAUCUAGUAUCAGAGCCGAGUGCAACGACCAGUGCGUUAGAGAGCUUUCUAUGUUAAUUGAUUUCCUUAAUAGGGAUCGACCGAUGUGCCCUGUGGCAGCUUUUCCAAAAAUAGGUGAAAAUAAAAAUGUGUAAGAGGCACAAACGAUUAAAAGCACUUCUUUCCGAACGACAGAAAAGAAUUAAAAGACUUGAUAACUUAAAUUUCCCAAUCCACCAUGUAGCUUUUGGAUGGUAUUGAAAAUUUUCCCAACGAGUUCGAUGUUCUUUUACAAGUUAAACUGUGCUUUUCCCCUUAUGUUUUAAUUAUUUAAAUGCCUAUUGAUAAAAAAAUUAUGCGACGACCAAGUUUCUUUUUUUAGUUUUUUAGACUCCCGAAGACGAGAGUGCAAUUUAAGUUAGUGUUUUUAAACAAACUUAGCUUGUAAGUAAUUUAAUUAUUGAGGGGACGUAUAUGUGCGUUGAAGAUGUGAAUAUUUCAUAUAUAAAAAUAAAUAAAUGUGAGUGGCAGCUGAUCGGUUCCAACUAUUUUUAUGUAAGUUGAAAGUGUAAGUGAAGAAUUAUAUUAAAAGAUGUUUGACCCCUCGAAAAGGAUUCCAAAAAAUGUUGAUAAUUACUAUCAAUUAUAUGAUGGGUAUUUUGAUGUGCAUAGGAAAAUUAAAAAAAUGGCCAUUUCAGGCUCCCAGCAAGAGCAUAUCACAACGAGACACGACAAGCACUUUCAAAAGUCCACUGCCAAUAAUCAAACACAUUCCCUGCUGGAAGCCAAGUGGUAAAUUUUCACAAAUUAUAUGGAAAAAAAUAUGUCUUAAAAAGGUGGCAAAAUGAAAUUAUGAAAAUGAACUUUUUGAUACCAUUGAUGUAUUCUGUUGUGAGUUUUGUCAUGAGAGAAAAAUAAAAGGAAAUUCUUUCUAUUA